CUCUACGCAUUUUCAAUCAUAGAAAUCUUUUUUUUUAAGUUUUUCUUAAAUUUUUUACCUAUAUAGUUCAGUUUCUUUCUCUUUUUUGAUAUUUCGGUCAGCCAACAUAAAAUUAACCAACGCGAUAUUAUAAUAUGGAUGCACUACGCAACACUUUCCGCACGUUUCUCCGUCGCAAUCUCGAUGAUGUCGAAGAGCAUGAACAACUCAAUGCCGAUGAAAUGUUGGAUCUAAUGCAACAAUCAAAAACGGAACAGAGCGAUGAGGGUUUCAAUAUAACCACCUCGGAUCCACCAAUUGAGGGAGGCGCACUUGCCUUGCCUGGAACAGCGCGAAAUAUUGGCGAGACGGGACCAUCGAUAAAUUAUCAGGUCGAAUUUCUUAAUUUCAUUGAGCGCAAUACCCCGUCUGGUUUCGCAAACAAAUUUCAGCAUCUUGUGCCCUAUCUGGCCCUUGGCUUCGUCACCUGGCCAAGCUAUUGGCUCUGGCGUGGCUAUCAAUGGGAGUCAAGACGUCGCACAGAACGCAUUGGCUUGUACAUCCAAAGAACCUUUCAGCAUGCCAAGCUAAUGCAAGUGGCCAUCUUGACGGUGGGUUUCCUUAUGGCCAGUGCUCAAGGCGCAACUGCCUCCAGUCUGCCUAUACAUGAAGUCGCCUACAAUCGGGAUUCAACGCCAGAUGAUGAUGAGGAUGAUUAGAGUAGCAAAUAGCAGGCUCUGCGUUCCCGUCUCCCAGAAUUCAACGAAAUUUUAGGUACAACAAAUUUCUAUAAAAAUGGGUGUAACGGACUUCAUCGAAAGCGUCAAGCGCUGGAGUGUGAAUCAACUGGAUCGCAAGUCAAAGCAGGAGGAAGAGUUGAAGCCCGUGCGUCAAAUUCCCAAC